GCGGCCACACAGAGCAAACUCAACCUCUGGUCCAACAUAUUUAUAUUGCAUAGAGUUGAAAGUUUUCCUUGCAUUUCUUCACUCCUGAAUUGCUGAGCUACCGUCCUCAAACUAUCUGUAGUCACUGCAUAGCAUACUGUAGACUCUCUGAGUACCUCCGACAACAUGACUAGAAAUAUGCUUACAAUCCACCCGUCGUUUGGCAACCUUGUAUGUCCUGUUACUACAAACACAUUAGAUGAAGAAAAUUUAGCCGCCGCAGAGAUGUUGAUUUCCAGAUGGGACACAAAAACAACAAGCAAAAUGCUGUUUCAGAGCACCGCAGAAGAAGUCCGUAUGUACAUGGAAAAUGUAGAAAAUCUCCAACGACUCAUGGAAAAUUUGUCCGCCGCCGGCACCAACGGUCCGGAUCUCUCCCGCGCACAAGGGCUGAUGAAAAUGUCGAUGGCCCGUCUGCAGAAUGAGUUUCACAAAAUUCUGUUAUCUAACAGCGAAGCCAUCGAGCCGGACAGGAAGUCAUCGGCGCUGCCGUCAUCUCGUUCCCGCACAGAGAACAUUAUCACGACUUCCACAUGCUCUGACGACGACGGCGACGAAGAUGGAGGCGGCAGCGCCGACUGUCUGUCAGUAGACAGACUCUGCCAAUUCCACAUGGUUCCGUUGGAAGGCGUAGUGGAUCUGCAGAAUAUAGCACAACGCAUGGCGAAGAGUGGGUAUGCGAGUGAAUGCAUCCGAGUCUUCAUUCUCGCCAGAAAGUCCGUGGUGGAAGAGAGUUUAUACAAUCUAGGCGUGGAGAAGGUGACGUUAAAGGAUGUUCGAAAAAUGGAAUGGAAAUUUCUUGAUGAAAAGAUCAAGAAAUGGAUUUACGCUGCGAAAACCAGCAUCCGGCUUCUGUUUGCCCAAGAAAAAAGGCUUUGCGACGAUGUGUUUCAGGGGCUUGACAAGAUGAGAGAUUCUUGUUUUGCCGAAAUCGCCAUGAAUCAGACAAGCAAGCUUUUCUCCUUGGCAGAAGCAGUGGCAGCUACAAGCCAGACGCCGGAAAGAGUAUUCCGGGUGCUCGACCUCUACGAAACCCUCACCGAUCUUAUGCCCGACAUAAAAGACACAUUUUCUCAAAACCUUUGCCGAAGCGUGCACGAGCAGGCUGAGAAGAUUCUGGCUCUGCUUGACGAGGUGGCCCAGCGGCUUUUCACAGAAUUUGACAAGGCCAUUGAGAAGGAGAAUUCUAAGGCUCCCGUUGCGGGCGGCACUGUACAUCCUCUCACCAGAUACGUUAUGAAUUAUCUCACUUUUCUCUCCGAUUAUAAGAAAACUUUAGAAAACAUAACCGCAGAUGCCCGUGGAGAACUGCCCAAGGAGCUACCAGACGAUUUCGCCGUGGACAAUCCCUCUGCCCCGUUGUCUGUCCAGCUCGGAUGGACUAUCUUCCUUCUGCUGUGCAAGCUCGGAAAGAAAUCUGAUUUGUAUAAAGACGUGGCUUUGUCUUAUCUCUUUCUCAUGAACAACCUUCACUACAUAGUACAGAAAGUGAAUGGCUCUGAGCUCAAAUUUAUAGUUGGGGAGGGGUGGGUGAGGAAACAGUGCAAUAAGGCAACACAGUAUUCGGUGAAAUAUGAGAAGGCCGCGUGGAUGAAAGUGUAUUCAGGUCUGACAGAACAGGAAGCUCCAGAGAGAUUUAAAGGGUUUUAAUUCAGCGAUGGAAGAGUUGAAUGCUGAUGGCUAGAUAGUCUUUCAAUCUACCCCGGCCCCCGCCUAUCCAUCAAUCCCUGGGCGCGCAAAACGACACCAAUAAAAAAUAGAAGAGUUUUUCAAUUCUAAAAAUAGAAAAAGAUUAUUUCAAAUCUAUCAAAUCUAUUA